GGUGCCUCCCGCGCCCGCCCGGGCCCCGCCCCCGCCCGCCGCGAUCCCGGGCCCUGGGGGCGGGGUUCGGGCACAAGAUGGCCGCCGCUCGCCCUGAUCCCCCGCGUCCCGGCUCCCCGAUCCCGGGGUCGCGCUCGCCGGGGCCGCCGGACCUGGUCCUGCUGCCCGAGCCCGGCCGCCCCGCCACGCCGCCGAGUGACGUCAUCGAGAUCCAGGUGGUGAAGGUGACCGACAGCAGCCUGGUGUCCGCGCCCCCAGAGCCCCCCGAGCCCGGCUCGCUCCGCUGCGCCCUGUGCCCCGCCGCCUUCCGCCUGGUGUCCGAGCUCCUGUUCCACGAGCACGGCCACGUGGCGGGGCCCGCGGGCGGCGAGCCGGGUCGCUGCCACGUGUGCGGCCACCGCUGCCCGGGCGCGGCCAGCCUGCGAGCCCACUACAGCCUGCACACCGGCGAGAGGCCCUACCGCUGCGCCCGCUGCCCGCGGGCCUUCCGGGCGCUGGCGCCGCUGCUGCGCCACGAGCGCCGGCAUUGCGGGGAGGCGCGCGGGGAGGCGGGCGCGCAGGGGCCCGGGCUGCCCGAGGUGCUGGCCGCAGCGGUGGCCGGCGCGGCCGUGGGCAAGCCCUUCGCCUGCCGCUUCUGCGCCAAGCCAUUCCGCCGCUCGUCGGACAUGCGGGACCACGAGCGCGUGCACACUGGGGAGCGGCCCUAUCACUGUGGCGUGUGCGGGAAGGGCUUCACGCAGUCCUCGGUGCUGAGCGGCCACGCGCGCAUCCACACGGGCGAGCGCCCCUUCCGCUGCGGCCUGUGCGACCGCACCUUCAACAACUCCUCCAACUUCCGCAAGCACCAGCGCACGCACUUCCACGGGACUGGCCCAGGCUUCGGCGACCCUUUAACGGGGCGUGGGGAGACGCCAGCGCCGGUGAAAACGGAGGCCGAUGCCUAGAGGCAGGGGCAGCGCUGGAGGGCCCCAGGUUCUGGACCCCCACCACCCUCUGCCAGACUCUGAAAGGGGCGGGUGCAGCC